AUGAAUAAUCACAAUUUUAAUAACCAGCACAAUUCAAAUAGUGCCCAUAGUGAGAAAAGUGAAAUGAAAAAUGGAUUGUUCUUAAAAAAAAAUAUGCAAAUAAACAAAAAUGAUGAAAUAGCAAAGGAGCUGGACCUAGAAUUUGAUGAGGAAAUAAUUUCCCGUCUAUUAUGUCUUGUACACAAUAAAAAUGUCAAACAUAAAGUUCUAAAAAUAAAUAAUUUAAUAGAUGGAAAUUUAUAUAAUUACAUCGUAAAUAGUGAAGAAAAUAAAAAUUAUAUUAACAAUAAUGAACAUGAGACAAUUGAGGAACAAGCAGCAAAUGGAAAUCUUUAUAACGAAAAGGAACUAUAUAAUAUUCAAGAAAAAAUGAAAACUAACAUUUCUCAAUAUUCAAUUGAAUUAAAUAAAUUUCUAAUCGAUAAUAAUAAUUAUGAUACAACUACCAAAUACAACAACAAUAAUAAUAAUAAUAAUAAUAAUAAUGAUAAUAGUAAUAAUAAUAAUGAUAAUAAUUAUGAUAAUAAUAAUUAUAUAAACAAGACAACAAAAGAGAAUAAUGACUUUUACUAUAAAAAAAGAAAUGAUAAUAUAAACAGCUUAGGUGAAACGAAUAAUGUUCUUUUUCUAUGUUAUGAUGAAACAAAUGACGAUUGUACUACUUGUGAUAAAUAUAGAAAGAAUUAUAUGUCAAAUAUGGAAAUAUCUAAUAAUAUUGAUAUAAAUAAAUUAAAUGAUUUGAAUGACUAUUUUUUUAUUCUUGGAUCUACUUCUACUUCAAGAAAAUAUAUUUUAAAAAAGAGUAACCUAAAUUUUUUAUCUGUACGUAUACAUAUUGAUGAAAAGAAAAUUGGAUGUAGAAAAAAACACGACCCUUUUACAUUGACAUCUAAUAUAUCAGUAGCCAAAGGAUUAAAAUUAUUAAGUAUGAUCAAAAAGGAUUCACAAUUAAAAGAACAAAUUUUUGAGUUAGCUAAAAAGAAAAAAAUAAUAUUAUUAGUAGGAGAUGAAGUAAUUUAUUGUAAUAACAAAAUAUAUGAAAAACCAACAAAUCAAAAAGAAGCAACUGAUUUUCUUAAAUCAUAUAAUAAUAAUAAAUGUUUUAGUUAUAGUAGUAUUACUUUAAUUGAAUAUGAAACGGAAAAAAUUGUUACAGGUAUAGACGAAUCAGUUAUCAAUAUUUAUGAUAUGAACGAUAAUAUAAUUAAAAACAUAUUAGAGGAUUCUUCUAUAUAUUUUUGUGCAGGUGCUUUGAAAAUUGAAAAUAUAUAUAUGCAUAAACAUAUAAAUGUUAUUAAAGGAAAUAUAGACAGCAUUUUUGGCUUGUCAAUAAAUUUGUUAUUUCAUUUGCUCACAAUUUUGUGA